AUGGGCAGUGGCGCCGGCAAGCACAAGUAUGAGGUGAAGGACCCAAGUGGCGCCAAGACUGUGCAUGUGGAGCCCAAAGAUGAGACUGCUCCGAAGUUUAUGCGAUCCCUGUCGCCCCUACCAGAGGAGCCCAUGCUCCUCUGUGCGGAUGUGGGUGGCACCAAUACGCGGUUGCACCUCUUCAAAGUGCCGGACACCACAACGGCGGUUGUCCCGGACUCCUGCAUGGUGUACCAGGCCAAGUAUUCCAAUGUGCAGUAUGACUCCUUCACAGAGGUGGCAAUGGAAUUCCUAGAUGCAGCCAAGCGGAAUACCAAAGGCCUUGGUAUGUCAGCUCCCUACCUGGGAUGUUUUGCAGUCGCGGGCGUGGUGGUAGACAACAAGUGCAACUUGGUGAACCUCGGUUGGAAGAUGGACGGCAAUCAGAUUGCGAAGGAUCUGGGGAUGAGGGUGGUGUACCUCAUGAAUGAUUUCGAGGCUCAAGGUUAUGGCAUUUUGACCUUGGAGCCUCAGAAGGAUUGCGACGUGCUCCAGGAUGCUCCUUUGCUUCCGGGCGCACCUAUUGCGCUACUGGGCGCGGGUACUGGUCUGGGACAAGCCUUUAUGACAACUGGAGAGAAUGGAGACUAUGAGGUCUGGCCGUCUGAAGGUGGUCAUAAGGAGUUUGCUCCUCGACAAGAAGGAAGUCAAAACCUGCAGAGUGAAAUGAUGAAGUACUUGCAAAUCCGCUUCAGCGCAAAGUCGCGAAUCAGCGUGGAACGCAUCGUGAGCGGAAGAGGUAUUGCGAACAUCUAUCAGUUUAUGGCCUGGAAAUUCCCAGACAAGAUCAAUAAGGAGAUCCAUCAACUCUUCAGCAACGGCGCGCGCAAGGACGGCACCGUGGGGCCGGUGCACGACCCCGCCGUGAUCGUUGAGGCCGCCAGGAGCGGUAGCUGCGAGCUGUGUUUGAAGACGAUGGACCUGUUCACUGGGGCAUAUGGAUCAGAGGCGGGGGUGAUGGCGCUGAAGUUUAUGCCCUUUGGUGGGCUCUUCGUCACUGGCGGCGUUUCCGCAAAGACUCGUGACUUCAUUCUGGGUGAGAAGGGCACAGCGCAUAAUUUCAUGGAUUCCUUCAAUGACAAGGGACGUGUGUCAACGAUGCUGAAAAGAGUACCUGUCUUUUUGGUGAGGGGCGAGGAUAUGGGCGAACGCGGCGUCAAGCUGAAGGCCAUGAGGAUGUUUGCUGAAGCUCUGCAGAGAAGGAACCUUAAGGGAAAAAUGCAUGUGACGCCAUGGAAACGCUUGGCGUGUCGGCGUUUGAGGCCAAGAUGUUUUAGCGCACGGGUGGAAGCAACGAAGCGCUGGUUGGAUUCCAUCGUCAUUGGUGAAAAAUUGUGCCCUUUUGCAGCUGCAGUCAAAGAGGACCAGAAGCUCCGGGUGCUCGCCAGCGAGGCCAAAGAUGUCAUGGCGCUGGCCAAAGAAGUGGCCAUGGAGGCAGAGAUGCUGGUGGAUGGAUUGAAUGGUCAGCCAGGUGCACCAGAGACGACGCUUCUGGUUCUGGAUCCAUCACAGAGUUUCUGUGCCACCUGGCAAAGUUUCGUGCAAACGUCCUGGACGCUACAACAGGAGGCCAUCCAUGCUCCAGGUUUCUCGGAGCUGCUGCAAAUCGUCCUCUUCCAUCCACAGGCUGUCCAUAGCGUCUAUGCCGAGGGUCCACCUGACCCAGCCGAUUUCACCAUCCGUGCACCGUUCCCAACGGUGCAUUUGCUGAGAGAAGCCGAUGUGAUGAAAGCCGUCACCAGCUACCCAGACACUGCGCAAAUCCCGGCGCGGAACAAGGCCAAGCUCCGCAGCAGGGGCUUGGCCUUUUGCGAAGAACGCUGGAGCGUGGUGGCUGGAAAAAUCUGA